UACAGCACACCCACUGUCUUUCAGUAUGAAUCGAUCGAGUUGCCGUUGGUUGACACUGAUAUUUUGCAUAUUGUGGCACGUGGUUUACGCAUCGGUUGGUAGUUGGUUCGAAAUUGACGACGAAGAUGCUGCGCUGUCUGUUCCCGAUUUGAUCAGCAAAUAUGGAUACCAAAUGGAGAGCCACGAAGUGACCACGGAAGAUGGCUACGGACUGACACUGUUCCGUAUUCCACCACAGCAACCUAUGACAAGCAGUCCUAAACUCCCUGUUCUGAUGUUGCACGGCGUCUUGGGCAGCGCAGCCGACUUCAUUACUCUUGGUCCGAACAAUAGCCUAGCCUACUUGCUCGCCGACAGUGGCUACGAUGUCUGGUUGAUGAACGCACGAGGAACCAUUUACUCCAGGAAGCAUUCGAGGCUUCCGUUGGAUUCCAAGAAAUACUGGGACUUUUCGUGGCACGAGAUCGGCUACUACGACCUGCCCGCCAUCAUCGAUUACAUUCUGGGCGUGACCAGCUGUGAAAUGCUGCAUUGCGUAGGAUUCUCGCAAGGCACCACUACGCAUUUUGUGCUGACGUCGACUCGGCCGGAAUACAACGACAAAAUAGCACUGAUGGUAGCUUUCGCGCCUACUGCGUUCGUCCGGCAAAUUCGUAGCCCUAUCGCACGACUCGUGAUGCCAAUGAGUGAAUGGAUCGCGAGCUUUUUCAACUCGCAGAACGUUUAUGGAUGGCCGGCAUCCUCGAGGAUACAUCGAAUGCUUCGAGAGCUGCUCUGUCCCCAAAGCUACCCGGAAAACAUCUGCUCGGAGCUCACGGCCCUCCUGGUGGGGCCCCAUCCGGAAGCGUACGACGAAAGAGCGAUGACCGUUCACAACGGGCACACUCCGGCCGGUGGAUCGUUUCAUCAGGACAUCCAUUACGUGCAGAUCGCUCGCAGUGGUCGUUUCCAACAGUACGACUUCGGCUGGGAGGAAAACGUCCGAAGGUACGGUUCGAGGGAACCGCCUGAGUACCAGUUGGAGCUCUCCACGGCACCGAUUGCGCUGUUCUACGGAUUGAACGAUUGGUUGGUGCAUCCGCGGAAUGUGGAGGAUCUGGCGAAGGUGCUGCCUCGGGUGGUAGCGGUUAGACCGGUGGCCGAUGAGAAAUUCAAUCACUUGGAUUUUAUACUUGGGAAAAAUGUUCGCGGGUUGGUGUAUGAUCAAGUUAUUGAGAUGAUCAGGAGGUAUGAUAAGAGUUAAAUCACAGAGAAUUCUCUGUGGUUAAAUAUUGAACUUGGUUAAGGGUUUUGUGAAACGUCAUCGCCUUGAUCAAUACAACUAAUAGAGUACACGACGACCACUCAGUCACUCAGUUACUCAUU